AUGGCGUUAAAGAUGAUAAAGAAGGGCAGGUUUCUCAAACAUUGUUCCUGCAAGUGCAUCAAUCUAGGAACCAACUGGUUUAUGAAACAUGCAACUUGUAACCAUUUUCAAGAUUGGGAAAGCCGGUCUCUUUUGCCUGAGGACGACUACUGCAUAAUACCAAAAGAUGUUCCAAAAGGUCAUUUAGCAGUCUAUGUAGGUGAAGACUGCAAAAGAUAUGUCAUCAAGGUUACUUUACUCAAGCAUCCUCUCUUCAAGGCAUUGCUUGAUCGCACUGAGGAGGUUUUUGGUUUCACCACGGGCUCAAAACUUUGCAUUCCAUGCAAUGAGAGCAUGUUCAAAAGCAUACUGCACUGCGUUGACUCUCAUCAGGAUCGUGGGUUUUGGUUGUGUUUCUGA